CAAAUGAAAACAGUAUCAGUCGACAUAGUUUAAUUCAAUACGGUAGCGUCAACGAUGAAGAUCACUUUGAUUACUAGUUUUGUGUUAUUUUCCAUUGGCACUUUUUGUCAAGUGUCUAGUGGUGAUUUUGCUGCAGCAACGGCUGUACAGAUCAUAACUCCAGUUAAUCAUACAUUCCACUUGGAAUUGAAUAAUUUAAAAUCGAUUCUCGAAGCGGAUGACAUAAAGGAUCGCCAUGUGGCUGUAGUUUCAAUCGCCGGUGCAUUCCGAAAGGGAAAGAGCUUUUUGUCUAAUUUCUUCCUACGUUAUCUUUACGCGCAGUACAAGGCACACGAUGUAUCAGAUUGGCUUGGCGAGAAUGAAAAUAGCAGUGAAUUGGGUGGAUUCAAAUGGCGAGGUGGCCAAAAGCCGGAAACAAUUGGCAUUUGGAUGUGGUCCGAUAUUUUUACGUAUGACUUUGAAAAUGGCGAAAAAGUGGCUAUCAUCUUGUUGGAUACACAAGGCAUUUUUGACAGUCAACUCAGUUUGCAAGACUGUACAACGAUUUUUGCAAUGAGCAUGAUGCUCUCCUCCGUUCAAUGUUACAAUGUCAUGCAAAAUAUCCAAGAAAAUGACCUACAGCAUCUGGAGCUCUUCACUGAAUAUGGACGAAUGGUUUUGGAUCAAACCAACGAGAAACCGUUCCAGUAUCUAUUAUUCCUAGUUCGAGAUUGGCCAUUUGCUGAUGAAAAUAACUAUGGAUGGGGACAAGAAGUAAUUGAUAGAAUUUUGUCCGAAAAUGAAGAGCAAACACUUGGAAUGCGGCAAUUGAGGCAACGAAUCAAUUCAAGUUUUGAUGAAAUUGGAGCAUUUUUAUUGCCAUAUCCCGGAAAUACAGUUGCAUUAAAAAAGAAAUUCACUGGCAAUCUCAAAGAAAUUGACCCUGAAUUCAUAAAAUACGUGAAAGAAUUGGUGCCAUCAAUUUUUGCACCCGAAAAUCUAGUUUUUAAGAGAAUCAACGGCGAACAAGUACGUGCUCGUGACUUGAUCGAUUACAUGCAAGCAUAUUUGAACGUAUUCAAUGGAAAAACACUGCCUGAGGCAAAAACGUUUGUUGCGGCCACAGCCGAAGCGAGCAAUUUGAUAUUGUUUAAUAAUGUUAUGGAUUUGUAUGCCAAGUCAAUGCAAACGGCUCUUCGUGACAUUGACUCGUACUUUAGUGCAACGGAAUUAUUAGAAACACACGAAACGGCCAAAAAUGAAUCGAUAUCACAGUUUUUGCGAAAACGUAAGCUUGGUAGCGAUGACCUUAUAUCAUCUUUCGUACAUCGCAUUGAAAAUGCUACAGAGGAACGAUUUUUGGAUUUCCAGCUGGAAAACAACGAGAAACGAAAAGCAUUCAUUGACAAAGCCAAUUUGCAUAAUGGAAAAUUGGUCAUUGAAAUUCGAACGGAUUCUGAAAAGGAAAUACUCAACGAAAUCGAACGUAUGGAAUCAAUUUCCGCUGAGAAUUUGAAGCAAUUAUUGGAAAGAACAGAAGAAAGUGCUUUAAGUGAGUUUGAUGCAAAGAAGAUGGGCGACGAGUAUAUUACAAGUAGUUUCUUCGAGGAGAUGCAGCACAAUUCCGAUGAUUUCAAAGCUUCAAUCGAGACAAUGUUGACGUCAUACAAGGACUCAGUGAUUUUCUAUUCCAAUUCAAUGCAGAACGUGCUAAACAAACUUUAUCAUUAUAACUCUUAUAUACCACAAAGUUCUCUCGCUGAAAUGCAUCAAAAUUCGAAAAACGAGGCUAUUAAGCAGCUACGAUCGCCUGGUAUCCCUGCUGAAGUGACGUCAACAUUUGAGCAUAAAACCGUGAAUGAGAUUGAAAGAAAAUACACCUCUUUUGCCCAAGAGAACGAAAGGAAACGUAAUAAUUUCAAUUCAAGGGCCAGGGCUCACAACGCAGAUUUAGUCGAGCAGAUCGGAAGAGAAUACAAGUCAUCUGCAUACGCACAAGUCAAUAACGUUGAUUCGUAUUUAAGUGAUUCCGAGGUAUUGGGCAUUUGUUACAGAACUCAAGAAGCUGCCCUAAACGAAUAUGAUUCAAAAAAGAUGGGCGAUGAUGAUAUUUCUUCGGGCUAUCGCAGACAACUCGAGAUGAAGAUGCACGGACUCAAAUCCAAUUUGGAGCAACUCAAUGACUACAAGGAGGCUAACUAUAAAACGAAAAAGACCCUUAAAACCGGUGGUUUUACCGCUGGUGGUGCUGCAGCGGGUGCUAUGAUUGCAGGCCCUCCAGGUGCUGUAAUUGGUGGAUUGAUCGGGGCGUUGGCUGGCCUCUUCUCAUAAAAUUUC